AUGAACGUGAUAUACGCGCGCAGCAUGAAGCUGUCCAACAUCUUCCUCGGUGCCAUGGCACUCUCCCUAAGCGUCUUCUCCGCGCCGCCCAUCCACACCGACGGCAUUCCAGACACACGCUGGUCCCCCCUGCUGAGGGGCAAGCAGCCUCCCCCCUACACGGCAGACGACUACACUCCAGUGCCGACGACGAUAUGGCACGACAGGCAGCCGCGGGACCACGAGGCGGAUAGGAGAGCGCGCAUAGCCGAGCUCAACCGCGGCAAGACGACGCUCCUGGACGUGCUCCGGGGGCCGAACGAGUCUGACCGGUGCGCCGAGUCGCUGUGGCGCAUCGUCAACGAGCUCCGGAUGGACAAGCGGUGCCAGGCAGACCGCGACACGAGGUCGGCGGAGCGGGAGAUGAUGGACAGCCUGGACAGGGAGGACCGCAGAGCCUACAGGAAGCUGGUGGCCGGGCAGGCGCGGGCUUCGCGGCUCGCCUCGAAGGAGGAGAAGAAGGCUGCGCGGAUGGAGAGGAAGGACUUCCUCUCCCGACUGUACCGGCAAGCCAAGAAGAUAUACAGGUCGCGGCUGCGCAAAGCCAGGAAGCCCAAGACGUCAGCGCGCAGCCGGCGCAGGGCCUGCCGCCGCUACAGGCGGUGCAGGGACGCCGAGGCGGCCGCCGAAAGCGGGAGCUCCAACGGGCGCAGGACGCACGUGCCUGGCUACUGCCCGCAGGUCAAGGUGGCUGAGGUCGCGCGGGAGGGCAUGCCGUGCGACGGCGUCUGCGGCACCGACAUCCAGGACGUCCUCGACUUCCUCCUGGACGACGUCUGGGCCGACAGACUGGACGAGGUCGAGCAGGACAUCUUCGAGUCGCGAGGUGGCGAUGCCAUCGAGGUCAUGGCCUAUAACAAGUUCAAGGAUAUCCUGCGCGAAGCUACCACCGACAUGAUUGGGCAGGAGGGCCCUGCGUGUCCGGGACAAGAGAGACGAUUGAUUUCUGAGGAAGAGGAGGACAAGUCUACUUGUCAGGCUUAG